AUGACGGAUAACGCUCGUAAUUCGUCGGGAAACGAAUAUCCACCAUCCGAAACUAGCGUAUCCGAAUUUGCCGAGAAGAUUAUGGCAGUGACGGUAUCGAUUACAGUGAACGAUUUUUUUUAUGAAAACGGGUUUGAAAGUGAUACCGAAGCAAUAAAUUGGGCAAAGGGAAUUGCUAUACGGAUUGGGUUUGAGCUGGUUAUUUCGUCUCACAAGAAAGGGGGGUUGGUAAAACUUUUGAGAUGUUGUCGGGGUGAGAGAUAUAGAGGGUCGCACACAGAUUUAGAUUCUUUUGCACGAAAGAAUACGAAGACGAAGGCCUGCCAAUGCCCUUUCAGGAUUGUGGUGAAAUUUAUUAAUGGCACAUGGACUGUUCUUGCGAAGUCUGGGAUUUCAAGUAUGCACAAUCAUGCGUUAGCUGUGUAUCCUGAGGGACACCGUCAGAUGAGCGGACUGAGCGCUGCGGCCAAAAUGAUUGUGCGGGAUAUGAGUGCGGCACAAGCUAAGCCGUGUGCUAUUUUGGCGGCUGUUCAAGAAAAAUUUCCAUCUGACAACCCUACAAGAAGACAAGUUUAUAAUUACAGAGAUAAUUUGAGAAAGUCCAGCUUUGAGGAUAGAGAUAUGGUAGGUCAGUUUUUUCAUUUGGCUCUAACGCACAACUAUUUACACUGGACGCUUUCUGAGGAGAGCACAGGUGUGUUGACCCACCUUUUCAUGUCGCAUCCUGACUCCGUGCGGUUAGUCCGAACUUACCCCUGGGUGAUCGGUAUGGACUCCACGUAUAAGACCAACAAAUACCACAUGCCUUUCUUUGAGAUUAUCGGUAUGACUCCUUCUAACAAGAACUUCUUAAUUGCAUAUGCAAUUAUGAAGGAUGAGACUGAGGGGAGUUACAGAUGGGUGUUGGAAAGGUUGAGGUUUUUGAUUGGCGACCUCCUACAGCCGACUUGUAUUUUUACUGAUCGAGAGUUGGGGCUGCUUAAACCAGUGAAAGAGAUAUUUCCAUAUACUCCUCAUCUGCUUUGUACGUGGCACAUAAAUAAGGAUGUAGAAGACAAAGUGUUCAAACUGUGUGGGAGAGACACCGCAAUAACUGAUACUUUCAUGAAUGGGUCGUGGAAGAAACUUAUUAAGGCUCAAACAGAGGAACAAUACGUAGCAGCUUUGACCACUGUGAAAAUGCGGACUAGAGCGUUUCCAGCUGUGAUACAAUAUCUUAACCGUACUUGGUUGGGGCACAAAGAGAAGUUUGUAUCAUGUUGGACAAAUAAAGUCUUACAUUUUGGAAACACCACUACGUGUAGAGUGGAGAGUGCACAUGCUCAGCUAAAGCAGUGGCUCAACUCUAGUACUGGUGCUCUAGACACAGUUUGGACGAAGGUGGACUGCGUUAUACAGUCCCAGUUGACUGAUAUUAGGAAAACACUCGAGGGCUCCAGACAGACUAUAGGCGUCCAUCGACGAGGUUAUCCAUACGACCAUGUCUCCUAUAAAGUGUCCCACUACUGUCUUGAUUUAGUGGCAAAGGAACUAAGGCGUAUGAGAGAGUUGAGUUGCGAUGUUCUAGUUCGUUGUGGUUGUGUGCUGAGAACAACACAUCAGAUUCCGUGUGCAUGUGAGCUGAAAGCAGUGAUUGAUGCAGGUGUUCCGAUUAGUCUGGACAAUAUCCAUUCAUUUUGGAAGACGCUUGUUAUCGGUGACGGGGUUGAAACAUCAGAACAAGCCGAUUAUGCCGCUUUUCAGUCAGAGGAUCAUCGGUACUUUUGCGGGGUUGUGGAGGAGGUGAUGUCUCAGGAUCCCUCUAUUGUGUGCGACAUAUCUCAUAUUAUCAACGAGCGACUUCAUCCCGAAGAAUCUGCUUAUCUUGAACCAGAAGUAAAGAGCACGGUGAGAGGUAGACCAAAGGGGAGCACAUCCACCAAGCGGGACCCGAGUGUUUGGGAGUACAGUCGUGGUCGUGGUCGUGGCCGUGCCAAGUCAUCACAAGGUCGGGGCUACAGUGCUCCUACAUCAGAUUUUAUCCCGAAUUCAGAGCUUAUUCCUGGAAUCAUAUUGCCAUUUGUCACGAAAUAUGUGGACGUGGAUGGCGACGGGAAUUGUGGGUUUCGCGUUGUCGCAGAUUACAUAUACGGUGAUCAAAACAAGUGGGGUUUGAUAAGAAGAAGCAUUGCAAAUGAACUAGCCGGCAACCCUGGCCUAUAUGACGGUCUUUGCAGUGAUGGGAUCCAAGCGGCCAUUUCACGUAUUAGGUGGGAAGGGGAGGCAUGUGGGCGCGAACACUGGAUGCAGGUUAUAGAUGACUUGUUCCCCAGCGAUGGUCUGCUGCACCAUCGCCAUCGGCCGGCGAUGGUGAUCUUGAAAUCUUAUACAACCUCUUACUACUUUUUCGUGGCAGGCCUAAAAUAUCUAAGCAGUUGUCACACAUUUUUGACCAUCGGUGUGGUCAGAACUGGUUCUCAGAAUGAACAUGGAAGUUGUCUGUCUCAUCGAUACGGUUCGAUCACUUCAAACCGGGGUCGAUUUCUAGUUCAGAAAGUCCCUGAACUCGACCUGAAUGUGUCUGGGUUUGCUGGUUGUGAUUAUACUUUAUGUUACAUAUUUGGAAUUCGAGCCCGAAAACCUAAUUGCAAGUCUGGAUCAAAGUUUGGAAAAUAUGAAAAUCAGUUCUUGGGAGGGGAGGAUGAAAAGACGAUGUCGCCACCCAUAGUGCCUGCGGCGGCAUCGUGUACUGAGGUUCCCGGCAGUAUAAGCUGGAGUCGCCAACAGUUUGUGGCGGCGACAGCGGUGUUUGGAGCAAGGAGGACAGCAGGCUGUUUUCACUCGUUUUUGGCUCCCUAUGCACUCAUUAAGUCUGCUUGGAUUCCAGCAAACAAAUCAAUACCUCGUCACCCGGACAAAUUUCUCUGGAAAUCAUCAUUGGACUCUUCAGUCCCUUAUCACUACUUACUUAUAAGCGAUAAGGAUACUGUCCACCAGCGGAGGUACUCGCUUGCUGAUGGUUUGGUUCCCUAG